AAUGUAGUCCUGGGGCCCAGAGAGCAGGAGGAGGAGCAACAUGGACCCAGCGGUCUCGAUCCGGGAUUGCCAGGCUGAAGACUGCACUGAAGUCCUGCGUUUGAUCCGGGAACUGGCAGAAUAUGAGAAAGUACCUGAGCAGGUGAAAAUCAGCGAUCAAGGGCUUUUCCAAGAUGGAUUUGGACAGGAUCCGUUCUACAAAUGCUUGGUGGCCGAAGUCCCCCCAGAACGCCGAAGUAAAGGAGGUGAGUGUUUGUCUUUUUCUCUUUUUUCAGGACAAGGGAUUGGGAAGAAGCUGAUGCGGACGGUUGCUGAGAUUGGCUUGGAGAAGGGAUGCACCCAGAUGAAAUUCAGCGUCCUGGACUGGAACCAGCCGGCCAUCGACUUCUACCUGGGCGAAGGGGCCGUGGACCUGACCGCUGCCGAAGGGUGGCACGUCUUCCGCUUCGAGGCCGACGCCAUGCGGCAACUUGCAAGUAAAUAAACCCUUUUGGGUUCAACGAAUGCACCUUCUUCUAGGAUCCUCUGCCACCCAUCCGGAUGCCCGGCACUUGUGUGUAGUAAUUUUCAUAGGCACCCUACAAUGAACACACUCUAGACCAGUGGUUCCCAACCAGUGGUCUGCAAGAACUAAAAUACGGUCCGGCGUGAAACAUUUAAAUAUAUGUAAGGUCCUUUGACAGGCUCCCUGUUUUGCUCGAGGCUUUUGGACUUACCCAUUAUUGAGAAAUUAGAAAUAAAAGGCAUGUUUAAAAACAAAA